AUGGCUGAAAUGAGCACGCCAAGACACUUUACACCGGGGUUUGCUGAAAAAAGCCUCCGGGACAUUGACACAACUGAGUCCAUUCUAAAUAAAAUGAAGAGAAUAUCAAUAUUUAAAGGCUCCGAUGCAGUUAAGCACCUGAUGAGCAAAAAGGGCCUACUUGCAUCUGAGGCAAAGGAGGUUAUGGGUAUUCUCCUUGACAACCACUAUAUUGUAAGGGUGAGGCCUUCUGACGAGCACCACAUCCUUGACAUUUCCUACGAGUUCAACAUUAACCAUGAGUACAUCUGGCUAAAAGAAGGGUCAAAAUCAAUGAUGUAUCUUAUAAGCAUUAUGCUGUUCUUUGCUGCUGUUGCUCUUGCAAUGUUCCCAAUAUGGCCGCGCAGUGUGAAAGUGGGCACGGGGUAUCUAUUCUAUCUGCUGAUGGGCAUAGUAAUAUUCCUCAUUGCAAUCACGAUUGUUAGGGUUGUUAUUUAUUUAUCCAUCUGGCUGGUAACUAGAAGAUCUUUCUGGCUUUUCCCAAAUCUCUAUGCAGAUUGCGGUGUUUUAGAGAGUUUCGUGCCUUUGUAUGGAUGGGAUGAAUGCGAGGACAAAGUAGAAGAAGAAGAGCCUUUGCGCGAAAAAAAGAACAAAUAA